CACCUCCACCUCCACCUCCUCCACCCGCUUCAAACCCUCCGCCACUACCAUUGACUCCUCCGAGACCACUUAAUAGACCACAACCUUCAAAAAACCAAUACAAAAAAAACCAAGCCUCACCCAUUAUUGCUCAAAAGAGUGGCUCAUCAACAUUAAAGGUCAUGCUCGGAAAAGUUGUCGGUAGUGUUAGCGAUUUGUGGACUGUCCAAAGUAAUUCUUCGACUUCUUCUGCAUCAGUAUCCACCUCUCAAAAUGGAAAGGCCAAGAUAUCCUCGCCAUACAAUAUGGUUCAUGUAACACAUGUCGGCUUUAAUCCCCAAACAGGUGAGUUUACUGGUAUGCCAAGAGAGUGGCAUAUUCUACUCCAGCAGAGUGGUAUCACGAAAAAGGAGCAGAGACAAAAUCCACAGGCAGUGCUGGAUGUAUUAGGAUUUUACAAGGACUCGAAAGAUGAAUCGUUGGACACAGUGUGGGAUAAAUUCGAUAAUGUACAUCCUAGAAAUUACACAGUAGUUAGAUCAACGACGCCUCCGCCAUUACCGCAAAGAACUAGGCCUCAGUUGGUAGUUGUAAACUCUAGCGACAGCACAAAACCUCCGGUACCUAGCCGCCCACCACUUGCUAAUAAUUACAAGAGUACUUCGUCUUCGACAUCAACAUCAACUCCUCCUCCUCCUCCUCCUAUACCAGCUCGACCUGAUGUAUCCAAACAGGAUAUUUCAUCUGCAUUAACAUCAUCCCCUACUCCGCCACCGCGCUCCAAUAAGCCCGCUUUGCAAGCUGACAACAGAGCACUAUCAUCCGUUUAUAUUGCUCCGUCUGCAGCUCCAUUGGAUCCCGCAUUUGACAAUACUCAAGAUAAAGCCAGACAGUUACGACGAGAACAGAGACAACAAAAAGAAGCAAUAAAGGACGCCCAGGUAAUAGCUGAUUUACAGGCUAUUUGCACUGAUGCCGAUCCAACCAAAUUAUACCGAAAUAUGAUAAAAAUUGGACAAGGUGCUUCCGGUGGUGUAUAUACUGCACAGUCAGUUGACACUAACAUGUCUGUAGCUAUCAAGCAGAUGAAUCUGGAUCAACAAACAAGAAAGGAAGUGAUUAUCAAUGAGAUUUUGGUUAUGAGAGAAGCGCAUCACAAGAAUAUUGUUAAUUUUAUUGAUUCAUUUUUGGUUACCAACGAAUUAUGGGUUGUUAUGGAGUAUAUGGAAGGUGGAUCUUUAACUGAUGUGGUAACAACCAGUAUGAUGACCGAGAAUCAGAUUUCCACUGUUUGUAGAGAGACACUUCAAGGUAUAAAUCAUCUUCACUCAUUGGGUAUCAUCCAUCGUGAUAUUAAAUCAGAUAACGUUUUGCUUGGAUUAAACGGCCACGUCAAAUUAACUGAUUUUGGAUUUUGUGCAAGACUCAACGAUUCCGAGACAAGAACAACAAUGGUUGGUACACCUUAUUGGAUGGCACCUGAAGUGGUGACUAGAAAAGAGUACGGACCAAAAAUUGAUAUAUGGUCAUUGGGUAUUAUGGUGAUUGAGAUGAUUGAAGGGGAACCACCUUAUUUACACGAAAAUCCUUUGAGAGCAUUGUACUUAAUUGCUACUAAUGGUACACCUGCAUUGCAGCAUCCGGAUGAACUAUCAGAUAAACUUAAGGAUUUCUUAGAACAAGCUUUGACAGUGGAAAGUGCGGAAAGACCUGACGCACAGACAUUACUAGAACAUCCAUUUUUGCAACGAGGAGAAAACGUAAAAAGCUUAAUUCCAUUAAUUAAGGCAAGCAGGGACCUUCGAAAAGCUCAUGAAAUGUAAUGUAAUUUUUGUAUCAUACCAUUAAAAAUAUCCAUCCUUUGUCUUCUUUAUUUUACUCCGACGUGAAAAUAAGCUAGGGAGUCCCUUUUUUUUUUUUUUUUUUUU